UGAACACAAAGCUACAAUAAAGCAAAUGAAGCUUUGGCUGUGAAACUGUAAUCGAUGCGUUGAUACCCACGCAACGGUUAUCAAGUCUGGACUGAUAUCGGUGGAUACAAUCCUUUGUAAAUUUGACAAAACCGAGCAAGAACUGAGAGGAGCAACGAGGCUGCGCUAUGGCGUCGGCAUCUGCCAGUGUGGACUCGAAGGCAGAGCUGACUGCUCUACUGGAACAGUGGGAGAAGGAGCAGCAAGGCAGCACACAGGAGCUGGUUACCCUCCUCACCAAAAUCUCAGAGCUUGUUGAGAAAGAGACAGAGGAGUACCACAAGGCUGACCCCGAUCCUUUUGAUGAUCGCCAUCCUGGGAGAGCUGAUCCAGAGUGUGUGUUGGGGCACCUCCUCAAGAUCCUGUUCAAGAAUGAUGACUUCAUGAACACGUUGGUGAACAGCUAUGUGAUGACCAGCAGAGAAUUUUCCCUGAAUGCAGCAGCUUGUCGCCUGCUUCAGAACAUCAUGCCUGGGUUGGAGACAGCCGUGGUCUUUCAAGAAAAGGAGGGUAUAGUUGAAAGGCUUUUUAAGUGGGCUCAGGAGGCUGAGCAGCCCCUCAGAAUCUAUGCCACAGGCCUGUUGGCAGGUGCCAUGGAGAACCAGGACAUUGCUGCCAACUACAGAGAGGAGAACUCUGUUUUGGUGCCUUUGAUGCUGCAUCGGUUGCGUGAGCUUCAGGAUAAGGAUGCUGAGAACAAAAGGGAAAUCAAACGGCCCAGCCCCAGGAAGACUCUGAGUGAGCCUUUGUUACCUUUGGAUGAGGAGACUGUUGAUGGAGGCUUUGAAGAGAAACCCUUCACACCGGGUAGAAAUGGGGCUGAAAAGGAGGGGAUGGGGCCACCGGAAGAUGGCGAAAUUCCCUUCUCAACCAUUGAGCCUGAAAACGAGGUUUCGUUCCGUUUCAGCUCCCCUCACAAGACCAGCAGCCGUGCUAACUCAGCUGUUAAAACCAAGAUGAAGCCCAUGUCUGCCCCAGGUUUGCUGAUGCACCCAGGCAUGUCUGAUGGCAGCAGUUACCUUAAAAGGAAAGCAGAGAGAGAGAGUGGCAGGACCUCAAAACAGAAGCUGAAUUUCUCUUUGCCAGAGCCAGAGAGAAACUUCAGUGAGCUUUCCAACAGCAGCUGGUCUGAGAUGAGCCCCUGGGUGAUUGGCAACAAUUAUCAUCUGUACCCUUUGACCCCAGAGAUCGAGCAGAGGCUCAUCCUGCAGUAUCUCACACCUCUGGGGGAGUAUCAGGAGCUGCUGGCAGUGUUCAUGCAGAUGGGAGCUCGUGAGCUACUCAUGCAUUAUAUGGAUCUGAAGCAGACCAAUGAUGUGCAGCUCACCUUCGAGGCUCUCAAGUAUCUGGCUUCACUUUUAUUACACAAGAAGUUUGCUGCAGAGUUUGUUGCUCAUGGAGGAGUUCAGAAGUUGCUGGAAAUCCCCAGGCCUUCAAUGGCUGCGACUGGAGUGUCACUGUGUCUCUACUACCUUGCCUAUAACCAGGAUGCCAUGGAAAGGGUGUGCAUGUUGCCCCACUCCAUCCUGUCAGAUGUGGUUGGUUACACGCUGUGGCUGCUGGAAUGCUCACAUGCAUCCGGCUGCUGCCACGCUACCAUGUUCUUCUCCAUCUCCUUUUCUUUCCGUGCUGUCCUGGAGCUUUUUGACAGGCAGGACGGGCUCCGACGCCUUGUCAAUCUGAUUAGCACGCUGGAGAUCCUGAACCCUGAGGACCAGGGAGCGCUCCUGAGUGAUGAUGAGAUUUUCUCCAGCAGGCAGACAGCCAAGCACACCUGCAUGGCCCUGCGCAGGUACUUCGAGGCCCAUCUGGCAAUCAAGGUGGAGCAGGUGAAGCAAUCGCUGCAGCGCACAGAGGGGGGUGCCCCCAUUCACUCGCAGCCGCACUACAAGGCGGUCAGCUAUAGCCGUGAGCAAGUGGUGGAAAUGAUGGAGUUUCUGAUAGAGUACGGUCCACUCCGACUGUACUGGGAGCCAGCGGAGGUCUUUCACAAGCUGUCAUGUGUCCAGCUCCUCCUGCAGCUCAUUUCCAUUGCCUGUGACUGGAGGACCUACUAUGGCAGGAGUGAUACUGUGCGCUAUGCCCUUGACAUCCUGAGUAUCCUCACAGUUGUUCCAAAGACCCAGCUGUUGCUGUCUGAGGCUGUUGCCGUGCUUGAUGAGGGAGGAUCCACUGUGUCCACUGUUGGGAUGAGUAUUGUCCUGGCAGUGGCAGAAGGAGAGGUGUUUGUGAAUGAUGCAGAGAUUCAGAAGUCGGCUCUGCAGGUCGUCAUCAACUGCGUCUGUGCUCCAGACAAGCGCAUGUCCAGCAUUGGCAAGUUUAUUGCAGGCACCCCCCGCCGUCGCCUGCCACAGCAGACCAAAGCCAGCGAGAGUGUUCUCACUAAGAUGUGGAAUGUGGUGCAGUCCAACAACGGCAUCAAGGUGUUGCUAUCCCUGCUGAUGGUGAAGAUGCCUAUUACAGAUGCAGAUCAGAUCCGAGCUCUGGCAUGUAAAGCUCUGGUGGGUCUGUCUCGCUCCAGCUCUGUCAGACAGAUCAUCAGCAAACUGCCUUUGUUCAGCAGCGGACACAUCCAACAGCUCAUGAAGGAGCCUGUGCUCCAGGACAAACGCAGCGAACAUGUCAAGUUCUGUAAGUUUGCAGCUGAGCUGAUAGAAAGGAUCUCUGGGAAACCGUUGCUGAUCGGCACCGACGUGUCUCUGGCGUGGCUGCAGAGGGCCAGUGUGGUCGCUCAGUCCAGGAUCACCUUCCCUGAGAAAGAGUUGCUGCUGCUUAUUAGGAACCACCUUGUGGCCAAAGGUCUUCAUGACACGGCCACGGCGCUCACCAAGGAGGCAGAUCUCCCGAUGGCAUGUCUGUCUCACUCUUCACAUUCGGCUUCUGCUUUCCCUCCUGUCGCGCCUCCGCCACCUGCCUCUCCUGUUGCCACUCUGCCCCGCACCCCACGGCUGGCCAACGGGGUCGGAUCAAGACUCGGAAACCAUCCCUCUCAUUCAUCCACCCCAGGAUCCAGCCACACACAGACACGUCCCUCUACAUCGCAACCCGCUGGGUCUUCUUCCACGUGUUUCCCGUCAACGUCUGUUCCUCACUGUAACAACGGCUCUCCGCUGAUAGGCCGAAUCAUUUUCUCUCGUGAACGGCAAACGGGUUGUAGCACAGUGAGCUGCAAGAAACCUCGGGUGCUGCGGCAGAAAUCUGACCACGGGGCCUUUAGCCAGAGUCCAGCCAUGAAAAAGCAGCUUGACAGGCACCUGCCCUCCCCCCCUGCAUUAGACAGCAUUAUCACGGAGUACCUGAGGGAGCAGCACGCACGGUGUAAAAACCCUGUUGCGACUUGCCCUCCUUUCUCUCUCUUCACCCCUCAUCAAUGUCCCGAGCCCAAACAGAGACGCCAAGCACCAAUCAACUUUACAUCCCGACACACAAGGAGGGUCAUAUAUCCGAAAUACGGAGGUGUAGAUGGAGGAUGCUUUGACAGACAUCUCAUCUUCAGCAGGUUCCGUCCUAUCUCCGUGUUCAGGGAGGCGGACGAGGAUGAGAGUGGAUUCAUGUGUUGUGCCUUCUCAGCUCGUGAGCGAUUCCUGAUGCUCGGGACGUGCACGGGGCAGCUUAAACUCUACAACGUGUUUACAGGCCAGGAGGAAGCCAGUUACAGCUGUCACAGUUCAGCCAUCACACACCUGGAGCCGUCACGGGACGGUUCUCUUCUCUUAACGUCAGCCUCUUGGAGUUACCCUCUGUCUGCACUGUGGGGCAUGAAAUCAGUGUUCAUCAUGAAGCAUUCCUUCCUGGGUGACCAUUACGUGGAGUUCAGUAAGCUUUCACAAGAUCGCGUCAUAGGGACUAAGGAACAUAUAGCACGUAUUUAUGACAUCCAGACGGGUCAAGUAACUCUGACUCUGAACAAUCCAGACCUGGCUAACAACUACAAGAGGAACUGUGCGACCUUCAACCCAACAGAUGACCUGGUGCUGAACGACGGCGUGCUGUGGGAUGUGCGCACGGCUCAGGCCAUCCACAAGUUUGACAAGUUCAACAUGAACAUCAGUGGCGUGUUUCAUCCUAAUGGCCUUGAAGUGAUCAUAAACACAGAAAUUUGGGACCUGCGGACCUUCCACCUCCUCCACACGGUUCCUGCUCUGGACCAAUGCAGAAUAGUUUUCAACAACAACGGCACCGUCAUCUAUGGAGCAAUGUUGCAAGCCGAUGACGAAGACGACAUGAUGGAAAUGCAAAUGAAAAGUCCGUUUGGUUCAUCGUUCAGGACCUUCAAUGCCACAGACUAUAAACCAAUAGCCACUAUUGAUGUCAAAAGAAAUAUAUUUGACCUUUGCACAGAUACAAAAGACUGCUACCUAGCUGUGAUUGAGAACCAAGACUCCGUCAACACUGACACGGUGUGCCGGCUGUAUGAAGUUGGGCGGCAGAGACUUGCAGAGGAAGAGGAGGAAGAUGAGGAGGAUCAGGAGGAUGACGAUCAGGAAGAAGACGAUGAUGAUGAUGAGGACUCCGAUGACGACGUCGAUACAGAUCCCCUCAUCGCAGAGCUGGAGAACGAGAACGGUGGAGAGGAUGAAGAUGAUGAAGAGGAGGACGACGGGAACGACGAAUUCUCCCCCUCUGACGAUGAGGUAGCACGACUUCUCGAAGAAGACGUCGACGUUGGGGACGACGACGACGAUGAUGAGGAGGAUGAUGACGACAAUGACGAGGACGACUCGGAUAAUGACGACGUUGAUCUGGAUGGUGACAACGACAGCUCCGACAACUCCGACCUUGAGGAUGACAUCAUCUUGUCCCUGAAUGAGUGAGGAACCAUCGGCGUCUAGGGUUGAGGAACCAGUCAACACGUCAAGACUUCUGCCUCAUAGACAUUUGAGCUACAGAACAGCAGCCACGAAAAGAGGAUAAUAUCAGCGGAUAAUGUGCGAGAUAACUUGGAGCACUGCCAGGUUGAAACAGUAGGUGUCUGCACACUUAGAGUGACAAGACAAAGGAAGAACAAGCUCGCAGAGAUCAAGGGGGGAAAACAAAUGCACACAAAUUGACUUGCUGUUUGGCAAAAAUGAUUGUAUAUGAUAUAGUUUUAUAAAAACAGAAGUGGGCUUGAUGAAGAGUGAAACGGCCAGUGUGUAGAUGCAGUGAAAGAAAAGUUUUCUAUUUUAUCACAUUAAUGGCUCUUUAAAUGAGCCUCUUCAUUUGAUAUUGAUUCACUCACUUUGUAAGCCUCUGUUUGGUCACAGAUUAGUCUUUUGUAGGAGAAACGGCUUACAUUACGGGGCCGUGUGUCUGACACUCUCUCAAGCUUGCACUCUGUCAGACUGCCUGGAGUAAUCACCAAAAAGUACCGAAGUAUUGAAUCUGGCAGCUAAUUUAAUGCACAAACAUGUUGCCAAUGGUUCAUCAAGCAACAAAACCCACCUUCAGGUUAGACUUUCAACUUAAAUUGAUGACCAAAACACCACUCACAGCAGUGCCAUUUGUGAAUGCCGCCUCUUGAUUUCGUUAUGUAAAUAGAGAAAUUAAAUCAGCUGGGUGCUCUAACUAGUGUGGACACCGCAGCAAAACCGCUGACACACCUGCUCGCUGUCAGCACGACAGACAGAAAGAGGCCUCUACAGCUCUCUAGCAUUACAAACCUUUACUAGGGCCACACAAGGAUUUGAGUUCAGUGGAUGCUUCUCAACAUUUUGUAGGGCUCAGGGCUGUUCACAACAGCACAGAUGCCAUCGUAUAAUGGAAAUUUAGUAUUAAUUUAUGUCACAAAACGUAGCGUUUAUCCAAGUGAAUUUGGUUCAUUAAAGGGAUGCUGUGGCGACAAAGUACAAUUCAUCCUUUGGAAUUGAAGUAAUCUAGCUAAUUCCUUCAAAUAAUACAAUUAUACAAUUGUGGCAAAAUUCAGCAAACUCUUUCAAACGUGUGUUUCCUCUGAAACGUCGGCCGGAAGCUUCAAACUGUCAACAGUGUGGAAACAAAUGCCUCGCACAUGCACACUUUGAGCGCAGUGCAAACAUUUCAUGAUUUUUCCUCAUGUUUUUUGCCUUGUAUCUAUUCAUUUUACUUUUCUGUUGAGUUUUCUUGAGACGGUUUAUGUACAGCUUGUAUGUAUCUAAAGUAUUUUUACUAUAAAUAAAGCAGACAAAUUAG